UUAAGAUAUGUGGCCAGCACACGAAAUGGUAUGGACCCAUCUAUUGUUCCUCAAGGUCUCAUGGCUCCAAUGAUGCCAUUACCUUUUGAUGUUUCGGGAAUGUCAACGACUCCAUUGGAUGUUCAUCGUCCUGGGCCAGUGCCUAUGUCAACACUUGCUUCUGCUCUGGCUUCUGCUACGCCAGAGAAUCAGCGCAUGAUGUUAGGGGAACAACUAUUUCCUCUAGUGGAGAGGGUUGAGCCUGACCAUGCUGGAAAAGUGACAGGCAUGUUGCUGGAGAUGGACCAAACCGAGGUUCUCCAUCUUAUCGAGGCUCCAGAUGCUCUGAAGAAGAAAGUUUCCGAGGCUUUGGAUGUCCUCCAUUUAGCAUCAUCGGGACCCAAUGUUGGUGAUCAGCUCGGCUCAUUGUCCUUGAACGAAUGAAGCGAGCCCAAUUUGGCAUGUGACAUGGAGUAUGACAUGCACUUUCUGGCUUCAAAAGA